AUGGGCAAUUGUGGCUCAAGUCCCGCGGUCGAGGACAGCGGCGCGUGUGACUCGGCCGAGCGCGACGCGGCGGCGCUGAAGCCCGCGCUCAAAAAGGGCGCCCCCUGUGUCACGUCCGCGGAGGCGCGGCGGUCGCCCCCAUCCGCCAUGAGCAGCGUCGGCGGCCGCUCGCUGGAGGCCCUGCAGCAGGAGCUGGCCCUCAUCAGCAGCCACGCGCUGCUGGCGCUGCCAGAUGCGGCAGAGGUGGUGGCACAGCACGUCAAGGCGGACGCGGUCGGGAUAUUCGCAUUCGCUGACGACGAGCCUAGCUGCGCCGCGCUGCUGGCUGCCGCCGGCAGCGGGGCAGCCGCGCUGGAGCGCAACACGGUCGUGCGGGGCGCCGGCUGGAGCACCGUGCGGCUGGCCGACUCGGGGGCUGGGCGCCUCGCGAUCUCUGACAGCUCGGCCUGUGAGGACAGCCUGCCUCUGGACAUUGCCCUGCUGCACGCUGAGGCAGGCCUUAGAAGCUACCUGGCAGCCGCGAUCGGCCCCAAGGACCACCCCCUGGGGGUCCUGCUCCUGGCCAGGGAGCGGCCCGGUGCCUUUGAUGACCGCAGCUCCCACCUCUGGCUGAGCGCCGCCGCCACGGGGCUGCUGCAGCACGUGCGGCCGGCGCAGGUGGCGCAGGCGGUGCGCAUGAUGCGUGCCAUCGACGACGCGGGCGACCCCGUGUCGGCCAUCAGCGCCGUGCUCCAGAGUGCUGGCCGCUUCAUGUGGCGCGCCACCAACAUCUGCAUGGGCGUGCGCCUCGCCCUCGUGGAGGACGACGGCGCAAACGCCCUCGUUUUUGAGUCUGAGCGCGCCACUGCCUGCAAGGGCGACCCCAACGUGUCGACGGGCAGGAGCGUCGUGCUGUCGUCGAACCCCUCUGCUGACGUCAACGUCAGGGAGCUGAAGCUGGAGAGGACGUUGCUUGCCAGCGCGGUGCUGCAGCGCAAGGCCCGCUUCAUCAAAGACUGCGCCUCGUACAUGCAAAAUUGCCCCAGCCCCGCGCGGGACGUGUUCACGCACGCGUCGCAGGCGGUGUCGUCGCUGGUGGUGGUGCCGCUGAUCAUGGGCGAGGAGUCCCUGGGGGCGCUCUACUUCACGCAGGAGACGCCCUGCGACUUUUCAAACAUCCAGGACGCCCUGCUGGGUUUUGUGCACUCCAUGACCCUCACACUUUGGAACAAGCUGUCUGGGGAGAUGGACAUGCUCAAGUUAAUGGUUGAGGAGGUGGAGCGCAACAGCAUCUUGGAUCUCUCCAGCGUCUGCGGCUCAAUCAAGUCACCCCGCGGCUCCAACCGACCCCCCGGCCGCGCGGCCAGCCGGACGUCAUCCGAGUUUGGGGCCGACGCUGCCGGCGGCACGGGCGGCGGCGCCCUGCCGCCGCACAUGGGAACCGCCGGCACCGACGACUCGUCGGACUCGCACGAGCCAAGGGACGUGCCCGCGGGCCCGGUCUCAGCACGCCUGUCCAAGGUCAGCAGUAGCCGGCUGUGCACCGAGGCAAUGCUCAAGGUGCUUCAGCAGGAGAUCCGGAAGAACAGGAGGCGCAGCAGCCUGCUCAGCUUCCAGUCGGAUCUCGUGAUCCACGAGCCACUGGGACGCGGCGGGUUUGGGCAUGUGUACCGCGGCACGUGGCACACGACACCAGCGGCGGUCAAGGUCAUGAAUGCGCGCGCAAGCGACAUGGAGGCGGUAUCAGAUGCAAUGGAGAUGGCGGUGCUGUCCAGCGUGCAGCACCCCAACAUUGUGCAGGUCUACUGCUGCCUGACUGAUAUGAUAGAGGUCAAAGGAGAUGAAGGCGGUUCCCCGCGCACCCGCGCUGCCGACGCCAGCGUGACGAGCGGCGGCAGCGGCCCAGAUGCGCACCUGAGCGACUCCGCGCGCAGCGCGGUGCUGGGCGGCGCGGCGCCGCCGCGCUACAGGCGGGCGCUGCCUGGGGAAGAGCUGGGGGAGGACGCUCGGACGUACAACAUCGUAGUCAUGGAGUACUGUGACAGGGGGACGCUCAAGGCGGCGGUGCAGGCCGGCGUGUUCCACCAGCCCCUGGAGGGCGGCGCCAUCGGCGUGGACCUGGCCGCCGUCGUCAGCGUCCUCCUGGACGUGGCGCACAGCCUGCAGUACAUCCACCGCAUGCACCUGCUGCACUCUGACGUCAAGCUUGACAACGUGCUGCUCAAGAGCGACCCCUCGCGCCCCUCGGGGGUCACGCCCAAGCUUGCGGACUUCGGCCUGGCCAAGAUCUUGAAGGAGGACGAGCAUGUGAUCAACCACAGCGGAGCUGGGACCGUGACUCACCUGGCCCCGGAGAUGUUCCGUGCUGGCAGCCACAUCACCACAGCCGUUGACGUCUACGCAUUUGGCAUCAUGAUGUGGGAGUUCUACACGCAGAAGAAGCCCUACGCAAAUCUCGCGCGCGACGCCAUCAUCGCCCGCGUGCUCAAAGGGGCGCGCCCCAGCUUCCCCUCGGGUCCGCCGCAGCCCUACGUUCAGCUGGCGUCCGCGUGUUGGGCCACCGACCCCGCCAUGCGCCCCGCCGUUGCUGACAUUAUCACGAGCCUGCAGCGCAUGGCUGCUGACAUGGCGCAUUAG